CGGCCGCAACUCGCCCUUUAUUUCAAACCUCAACCACUUUUCUCAAGAGCCUUUUCACCGGUCUAUUCCCGGAGAUAAAUAACAGUUAAAAAUUUGGCCGAUUUUAUUGCCAGUCUAUUUUUUUUUUAUCACGCGCUAAUGAUACGACGAUCUAGGGCGCAUGCGCAUGUGCUACUAGCGAGAAUCACCUGCGCCACCUCUUGCUCCCCUCGAUGGUGUGUCUAACGUGUAAAAAAAUCACGGUGGAUUUUAAAAUAAGAGAAAAAGGAGAAAUAAUCGGCGAUUCCUUGCGAGGUAGACGAGACCGUGGAAGGAGAACUGGAGUGGGAGGGAAGGUGGAACCGACCUGUCUCCUUUUUCUUGGCGCUCCGGCGCACCUCCGAUAGUUCCUCCACGUGUUCGACGUAUAUUCACCACCAGUGCUUGCCAAUCACACGAAUUAUUUCAAUUUUUCUCCAACUAUUACUUCAUUCUUAUCGUGUUUGUGUAGUUGUAUGGAAAUUGUGAUUUUUUAUUUCCCCUCGUUAUUAUGGUACCAAUUUUGGAGGGAAAUGAGAGUGCGUGAGGUCGACUGCUGCACAAGUGAUAACUUCAAUCAGUGAUAUAUUAAUUUAUAUUUUUCAUCGAUAGUUCAAAGUGCGUGAGCAUUGGUUUUUAGGGAUUUUUCGAGAUUAAUCAAACUGGAGGCGGAGGUCGAGGGCGGCGGAAGCCGCAGGGGUGCAACCCCAUCACCGUUGAACACCAUCAAUCCGAGACGGAGGCGAGGAAGCACGGAGGGGCUCGAGAUGCUGACGGACAUGACACCAGCUGCGGCUGGUCAGCUCUAUCCUCAGCUACAAUCUAUCACCAAGUCACCGGUUCACGGUCAUGUGUUUCAGGAUCAUCCUGGAUUGAGGGGAACUCCACUGGCGAUGCUGGCAGCACAGUGCAAUAAGCUGAGCAGCAAGAGUCCACCACCUCUUGCAGAUGCAGCGGUGGGUAAAGGAUUUCAUCCGUGGAAGAAGAGCCCUCAGAGCAGCGGCAGUUCUCCACAGCACAGUGGUAGCGGUGGUGGUGGUGGUGGUGGUUGCACGACAACUGGUGUCACGCAGAGGCCAGCGGCAACGAGUAGCGCAGGAAGUACUGGUGGGUAUGCAAGAGCACCAGUCACUUCUUGUGCAUCAACUGCACCACAAUACGGCAGUGAUUUGUAUUUCCCCGGGACAGCAUCGGCCCAACAGCCUGAUCCUCAUCAUCACCAGAGCAGUCUGCUCGGUAAAGUUGAGGGUGCAACACUUGGUUCAGUUUAUGGAAGACAUCCGUACGAGUCGUGGCCAUUCAAUGCAAUGCCUGGUGCAACCCACAGUGGAAUCAAAGCGGGAGAUGGCUGGUGGGAUGUUCAUGGAGCAGCAACCGGGGGUUGGCUAGAUGUUAGUGGAACAGUUGGUGUUCAUGCCCAAAUGGCAAAUUACUCAGCGGACUAUUCAACGAGUCUUGCAUUAGCUGGUAAUCAUUUAUUGACAUCAGCUACCACUGCCGGUCACAAUCUACUUCAAGAUACGUACAAAUCAAUGUUACCUGGUGGACCCCCUAGUUUUGGUCUGCACGCACAUCACGCGGCUGCAACAAGCGCAACUGGUGGUGCGGGCAGUCCUCAGGGUGGUACAGGAGGUGGUGUCAGUCAGGCACCAUCACCACGUUCACAAAGACGUUACACAGGGAGGGCAACGUGCGAUUGUCCAAAUUGUCAAGAGGCUGAGAGGCUUGGUCCAGCUGGCGUUCAUCUGAGGAAGAAGAAUAUUCACAGCUGUCACAUACCAGGAUGCGGCAAGGUGUACGGGAAGACGUCUCAUCUGAAGGCCCACUUACGGUGGCACACGGCGGCACCUUCGAACCCACACCGGAGAAAAGAGAUUCGCCUGCCCGGUCUGCAACAAGCGGUUCAUGCGCAGCGAUCAUCUCGCGAAGCACGUCAAGACCCACAGCAGCUCCAGUUCCAGCGGCGGCAGCAAGGCGGGGAAGGGAGCGGGGAGCUCAUCAGCCGAGUCCUGUUCCGACAGCGAGGACAACGUGAGCCAGCAGAGUCCCAAUUCCAACAGCUCGGUUCCAGUUGUACCAGUGGUACCACAGUCGGGACAGUCGCAGCAACAGCAGCAGCAGCAGUCCCUGUCAGUGGUACCACAGGGUGCACAGGACACCAGCGUAACGUCCCAGAACACCAUACACCAACCGACAACGCCCAUGACCCCAAUGCAGAUGACCCCACCCCCACUGACACCACACCAUCCCCACCACCCGCAUCUCCCGCCACUAAUGCAUCAUCCACAUCAUCACGCAACAUCCGUUCAGUCGCAUCAUCCGCACGCGGGGAUGAGCAUGCACUGAGCCCGGUGGGGCCCGGAGUCGCCGGUGUCUGCAAUAACGCUAACACAGCGACCCUGGGCUCCCCAUUAUCCUACCCAAUCAACCUGAAUCUCAUUCAUCCCCAUCAUCAUCAGUACAAUCAUUAUCAGUCACAAUCACAUCACCAAAAUCGUCACAACAAUAAUCCCGCAUACAACAUUACACAAAAUCCUGGCACUCCUGGCAAUGCUCAGACCCCAUCACCAACGUCCCCAGCACCUGUACAUAGUCUCUAAAUAGGAGUCUUUCACCAUCUCCUAACUGUUGUACUAUCUAUCCUCGGAGGAGAGCAUUUUCAAAUGGCUCUCUCAUCUUCUAAUCCAUUAUUGUCUAAUUAUUUUAUUAUUCAUUGCAUCGGAUAGCCAUCCGGAGAUGCUCUUAUCGGGGUCAAUUGCACUUGAUUAUUUUUAUUUUACUUCUCUCCGGACAAUUAUGACAUUUAUCUCCAUAAGUCCAUUAACAGUGGUCUUAUUUUUUUUUCCCUCCCCGAUUUAUGCACUAUUUUCACAUAAUUAUUUCCGUUGUCCGAAUUUUAUUCUACUUGUAAAUACUAUACAUAGCGCGUGAGAGAUGAAUAUUAUAUUAUUUAGAGUGAUAUAAUAUUGUAUAAAAGAUGAAAUACACCUACCAUAAUUACACGUAACGUCGUAUUUUUGCUUUUUCAAAAGGAAUAACACAAACGCUCGGUUGAAUCGACGCGUAUGUUAAUCAAUAACAUGAGAUAGAAAAAGAAAGAAAAUAAAAUAAAUUCAUACGGUCCAAGGAUUCCACGCGUCUGCACUGUUAAUCCACAGUCAACGUUCGCACCAGGUGACGGGUAUUUAUUUUUAUUUUAUUCACACGAAAGAACAGCAGAAGCAAUCAAUUGAGCUUGAGCGGAAUUUGGAAGAGUUGUUUUCCCCCUGUUGGCCCGUUAGCUUUUCUAGAAAGAGAAAAAUAUCGGGAUGGAACGAGACGCGUGGAAACUUGUCCGUGUACACUCGGAUGGUGCCCCAUAUCACGCCCAACCGCCCUAAAAAAACCUAGUAACUUUACUAUUAUUAAUUAUUAUUAAUUAAUAAAAUUAGAUAAUGAAUUAUUAUUGAAGUAUUAUUAUAAACAAAACGAAGAGAAGAAAUUAUGAAAUUCAUUUUAAAGAGUUAAAAAAGGAAAACGAAAAAACCUAAUAAAAGAUGCUUUUGUGAGUAUGAAAACGAAGCGUUAAUGAUUAUUUUGAUCACAUAUGCUUCCUAAAAUUCCCAAAUGUCUCUAUUUUAUUUUUAUUUAUUUAUUUUUCAUCAAUAAGGAAGACCGUGGCAAAAUUCAGUGCGGGGGCAAAAUGGAAUACUGUCAAAAAAAUGCAUCACAAUUAUUUCAUUUUGUUCGGGUAUUUAAUGUUGCCCCGGGUCACCCUUAUUUUUUUUUUUUUUCAAAAUCUGAAAGGUUAGAACAUCAAUCACUGAUAAAAACGUACCUCGUUUGGAUGAAUUUCAUGAGCGAGCGGUAACUCGUGACAAAUUCGCGUGUCAAUAAAAGAGAGAAAGGGAGAAUGGAGGGGUUGAGGUGGGGGAUUGAAAAUGGGUGGCUUUUGCGGCGCGGUAAUAUCGCACGGGCCGUUAGCUCCCGGGUUCUCCGAGCCAUGAAAUGUCCCGUCAUAACAUCAGCUUUUCGCCCCCCCCAUUCACCCCUCACUCACCCCCCUCAUUUCUCCAUGAUGCACGUCGUUGUCGUUUCUUUAUCUUCCCAUCUCUCUUUUCCUCUUUUUUUUUUCACCAACCCCACAUUCUCCCUCUCUCUCCAGCCAUCAUCACAUCAGCAUCCGGGUGACUUGGGGUGCAUCUGAUAUUGAGAAAUAAAAAAAAAAACGUCUGCAUUAAUUUUUUUUCAGAGAAUAAUAUGAUUAUUUUUCCUCUCUCUCUCACAAAAAUUUGAAAUAAAUAAUGUAAAGAAGGUAUUAAAGAUGUCGUAUAUUUAAAACCAUCAGGUUUUUAUUAUAAAUAAUUUUUAAUAGAUUGAACGUUGAGAAGUGGCUUGAGAGGCCGUUUUUGGUUAAUUUAGAAGUAUUUUCAGCCUCUUCAUCACGAAUAGCAACAGACGUCAACUAAUCACCGGCAACCAGUGCAAUGUUUACUCAAUCACCGGUUGGAGGCAUCCCCCCGACGGCUUUGUUGUAUCUCGGAGAUUAAUUCAAUUCCACUGGGGGUAACGAAAUGCUGGUUGUGUGGGGGCCCUCCUCCCUCCAUUUAUAUCGUCAUGAUGGUGUGGCUUGUUGAUGGAGAGUAAAGGGAGGGAGAGAUAAAAAAGAGUAAUGCAUUAUCGAGAGAGCUCUUUGGCGGUUAUUAGCGGGGAUGACUUGGCUCCAAAUCGCCCCAUUCAACUACUAGUCCCGGAUGGAUGCAACACAUUUUUAC